AUGAUAAAGUCAAAAGAACAACGUUCAGAGUUAAUUGUUAAAAAAAAACUGAUAUUUUACAUUAAUGCUAUAUUUAAUGUUUUGUUUUUAAAAAAAUUUAUGGUUGAUCGAAAUGGAAAGGGAAAAAUUCCUGGAAUUUGUGCUGACUUCUUACCUCCACUUGAUGAUCAAAUGUAUUAUUCUAUAUUGGAGAAAUCAAAACAUAUAAAAGAGGUAUUAAAUUAUAAUGAUGAAGUAAUAAUUAAUAUAUUAGAUAAAGAAAAAAAAGAAAAAACAGUGUCUAUUUCAAAAAAUGAAAAAACAAGUUCCAGGCAACCUAUAAUUGCAAAAUGUUCAAUUUGUGGAUUAGUUGUCCAACAUCCAAGUAGAAUAAAAGAACACUCUCGAACACAUACAAAAGUGAAACCAUUUGAAUGUGAUAUUUGUAAUGAAAAAUUUAGUCGUAAAUGUUCUUUAAAUUUACAUAUAAAAAGGAAGCAUAAAGAAAGUAAGGAUUAUCCUUGUACAUGGGAGUGUGGAAAAUCUUUUCCAUCUGUUGGUUUACUUAAUGAACAUGUACGAUAUCAUCAUAGUGGAAUGAGAAGAUAUAAAUGUACAGUAUUUAAUUGUGGUAGUCUGUUUGUUAGAAGGCAACAACUUUUAAACCAUUUGAAAAAUGUUCAUAAUGUUGUGAAUGUAACAUAG